AUGGCGGGGGAGACGAUUAAUGAGGUUGAGUUGAUGAUGCCGGAGCUCCGGGGGCCGGGAGGGGACAUGGCGGCGCAGAUGAGGCUGUUGUGGGAUUUGGUAAAGGCGCCGCUGAUCGUUCCGGUGCUUAGGCUCGCCGUCUAUGUGUGCUUGACUAUGUCUAUGAUGCUUUUCGUCGAGCGGCUUUACAUGGGAAUUGUGAUCAUUCUGGUCAAGAUUUUCUGCGGAAAGCCUGAGAAAAGGUACAAAUGGGAGCCGAUGCGUGAGGAUUACGAGAUUGGCACUUCUGUUUUCCCUUCCGUCCUCAUUCAGAUCCCCAUGUUCAAUGAAAAAGAGGUCUACAAGAUCUCCAUUGGAGCUGUAUGUAACUUUGCCUGGCCAUCCGACCGUCUUGUGGUUCAAGUUCUUGAUGAUUCUACUGAUCAUAACAUCAAGGAGAUGGUCGAAAAAGAAUGUCUAAGGUGGGCAAGCAAGGGAAUCAACAUAACAUACCAAACUAGGGUAACUAGAGGUGGCUAUAAGGCUGGAGCCCUUAAGGAAGGAUUGACGCAUGAUUAUGUCCAAGACUGCGAAUAUGUAGCUAUUUUCGAUGCUGAUUUCAGGCCUGAACCAGAUUUUCUCUUACAAUCCAUCCCUUUCCUCAUUCACAACCCCGAAAUUGCCCUCAUUCAAGCUCGUUGGCGUUUCGUAAAUGCGGAUGAGUGUUUAUUGACAAGAAUGCAAGAAAUGUCUUUGGAUUACCAUUUCAAAGUGGAGCAAGAAGUGGGUUCCUCUACUCAUGCUUUCUUUGGCUUCAAUGGGACGGGUGGCAUAUGGAGGAUUGCUGCUAUCAAUGAGGCUGGAGGGUGGAAAGACAGAACUACAGUUGAAGAUAUGGAUCUUGCUGUCCGAGCUGGUCUUAAGGGCUGGAAAUUCCUCUACCUUGGAGAUCUCCAUGUAAAAAGUGAACUCCCAAGUACUUUCAAGGCCUUCCGUUUCCAACAACAUCGUUGGUCUUGUGGCCCUGCCAAUUUGUUUAGAAAAAUGUUCAUUGAAAUUGUUAGAAAUAAGAGGGUGAACGUGUGGAAGAAGGUGUACGUGAUCUACAGCUUCUUCCUAGUGAGGAAGAUCACAGCUCACAUGGUGACCUUCUUCUUCUACUGCGUGGUUCUUCCUUUAACCAUCUUAGUGCCGGAAGUAGAGGUCCCCAAAUGGGGAGCCAUUUACAUUCCCUGCAUUAUCACAAUUCUCAACUCAGUGGGAACUCCUAGGUCAAUCCACUUGUUGUUUUACUGGAUCUUGUUCGAGAACGUCAUGUCCUUCCACCGCACCAAGGCCACCCUCAUUGGUUUACUCGAAUUCAAGAGAGCUAAUGAAUGGGUCGUCACUGAAAAACUUGGAGAUGCCAUCAACAACAACAAAUCCAACUCCAAACCUGCCCCGAAGAAGACAAAGUCUAUAUUCAGAGACAGGAUUUUGCUGCAUGAGUUGGGAUUUGCUGUUUUCUUGUUCGUGUGUGGAGUGUAUGACUUUUUGCAUGGGAAGAACCAUUACUAUAUAUACCUAUUCCUCCAAGUCAUAACCUUUACGAUUGCAGGAGUGGGCUGGGUCGGCACUAUUGUCCCGUCUUAA